CGGCGGCGCGCCGACGGGCGACGCCGCCGAGGGCGCCUUCCGCAUGCUCGCCGCGCUGUUGGGUGGCCGCGACGCCGUCGUUUUGUCUGAUGCUAAACUCAAAGCUGUCGCGGCCUCCGGCCGGGCCGCUCUGGCGGACGGCGCCCUCCUGGACCAGGGCACGCUCCAGUCCCAUCGAGCGGCCGCUCUACAAUUAAUCUUAGCACUGGUCACGAAGAAGGUCGUCGUGAGCGAGGUGUAUGACGCCAUGGACGCGAUCGCGGACCUCGCAAUUACAAGUCUCGACAAAUCAGAUAGGACCAAGUGCGCCAAGGCAUUUGUAGGGUUCAUUGUGGCCUAUCCUCUAGGUAAAAAAAGAAAGACGCACUACCUCGGCAAGGCUCUGGCUGGUUUGGACUACGCGUACGAAGAAGGUAGAACAGCGGCGUUGGACCUGGUCCUGGCCGUCGCGCGCGCGCUACCGCAGCCCGAGCUGGAUUCUAGGUCGGACGCGUUCUUUUCAGCGCUCGCGCAGCGCCUCGCGAACGAGGACGUCGGGUCGGUCAGGCUCGCGCGUUCCGCGGCGUCCUUGUUUUUGUUGUUCGUCUUCGCCGCGGCCUUGUACUGCGUCGCGGCGGUGGCGUCGCGGUGGGCGUGCCUCUACCCCACCGGCGCGCCGUCGCGGCGGUGCGCGUGGAGAGCCCAUGGUCGAGCGCCAAACGCCAUCGCCGCGGCGCGCCGUCGACGAGACCUUUUCAAACGCAGGCCGCGGGCCGGGCGCUCACGGCUUUGAUAAGGAAGCUGUCCGACGAGAGGCGCGCCGCGGGCCGCGGACGCGUCGCGUCGUUUGUGGCGGUGUGCAAGUCUUUUGGUAUCCUUCGUUUUGGUGCUGGAUGACGCGUACGAAGCGAUCGACGAGAGACAUGCCCCCCCAGACGCCGUCGACGCGGCGCCCCUCGACGCAGGUGGCUCCGCGAGGCCGCGAAGGAAGAGAGACUCGAGCGCUUCGCGGAAGCGGAGAAGGUCGGGCGAUUACGUGUUUGUGGUGCCGCGUGCGCUGCCGCCUUUGCGAGGAUGGGCGACGCGGCACUUUGUGGAGAUAUCAUCAAGGCGCUGGCCGCUUCCAGUGACGACGACGCGGGCCGCGCGGAGCUCCUGAAGGCCGCGCGCGGUUGCGUCGAGGCCGACGCGACGGUGUGUGAUGGAAAAGUGCUGGCCGCGGUCCUCGCUUCCCUCCAAAGGUGCGGGCCCUUGUCGCGCCGCGCGGCGCACGAGGCCUUGGGGGCCGUCUUCGCGAGCGGUCGCUGUGCGUUAGAAGAGGUUCAAGCAAGGGACGUCUGCCGCGCGGCCUGCGCCGCGCUCGACGCGCCGGACGAUGUGUUUGAUGAGAGUGUCUCAACGCAAGCGGCGAAGAACGCGCUGUACGCCGCGGGGCAUUUCCCAAGCUUGGCGGCCGACGUCUUGAAGCGCCUCGCCGACGCGGCGGGCCGGCGCGGCGCGGCGCGGCGCAAGGCCGUGUUCGCCUUCGUGGCGGCGUGCCUGGCUCAUUCAACGAUCGGGGCCGCGCCCGUCCGGGCCGCGCUGGACCGCGUCUGCGCGGCGCUGCGGCGCGCCUUGGACGACGACGACGUCGAUGUGGCGGCGCUCGCGACGGACGUCGUCGGGCGGCUCGAGGACGCGCUGGGCGCGGACGUCGUCGGCCGGGCGCUGGCCGAGGCGGCGGCGGCGCGAAGGCGGAAGCGGAGCGGUCGGGUCGCGGAUGCGGCGCGGGAGAAGGUCGUGGAUCCGAAGGGAGCGGCGGCGAGGAAGCGGCGGAGGCGUGAUCAGCGUAAGUAGUGGUGUUGUGA